CUUCAAACGUACCAAACUCUCUCUCUCUCUCUCUCUCUCUCUCUCUCUCUCUAGCCAAAUUAGGUUUCAGUGAGCUCAAAUCAUGGUGACAAAGAAGUCGAACAAAGUGUCAGCGUGUCAAGCAGCAUCUCUAAAGAAAAUAUUAAAGAGAUACUCAAUUCUUGGAAAGAAGAACCAAGGUAACGACGUGCCAAAAGGUCACUUCCCGGUCUACGUUGGUCAACACCGGAGUCGCUACGUGGUGCCAAUCUCAUGGCUAGCUCAUCCUGAGUUUCAGUCACUCCUCCAACUAGCUGAGGAAGAGUUUGGGUUCGAGCACGACAUGGGUCUUACUAUCCCUUGUGAUGAAGUUGUCUUUCAAUCACUCAUCUCCAUGUUCUGAUAGAACUCGAUCAAGAGAGAGACUAAUUUAGCUCAAUUGGGAAUCUCUCAAGGUUAUGAUCUCUUUUAAGGUUCUUAAGGGACGUUUGAUCACAUUGCCACCUUCUAGACUCGGAAGAUCGAAACAUUAAACUUAAUAUUAAGAAAAUAAAGAAACAGUAUAUAAAUAAUAUGAUUUAGUUCUUUUCUUUGCUAAGAAGACGGAAGCAUAUGGCGGCCUGCGGGGAUCGCGUCAAGCAUCGACUCAAGAUUUGUGGCUAUAGUGAUGUAUAUAUAUCCGUUUUUAAAUCAAUCACUCUCUUAGGAUUCUUAUUUCUUUUCUUUUUUUUCUAUAUGUGAUAUCGGGUUCUUGUCUAUUUAUUCUGAAUAUUUUGAACAUGAGUCUGGGUGAAUGAGUUUUCCUUAA